UUGGUAAACUACUCCGAAGUGUGAAAAUUUCCCCUUUUUUUCGUUUUUCUUUUCUUUAUUUAAUUUGAAUUUCUAUUACGGCCAAAGCAACCAUGCAGGAGGUCUAAUUUGUUAUGGUGGUAUCAUCGCCAUCAGUUUUGGGGCUCCGGAGUUCAAUCUUUGUCGUUCGAAAUAUGGUUAAUUUACAUUGCUUUUCUGACAGCCAGAUUCUUGGUUUUCUGCUAAUUUUUGGACCAAGUCUGCUUUUUAUUUGUUUAAUGCACUUGCUUGCUGUUUCAACAACAACGAUUAGGAUGUUUCAUCUACAAUUGUCACUGAUACUAGCACUUGAGAACCUUCUAGUUGCACAUCUAUUUUCAUGUCAUUCUUACUGGUAUGGGAUAAAUUUCCGAGUGUGAAGAUGUUCCGGGCUUAUCGGCGACAAUUCUUGGUGUUGAAAUUACUCCUGAGGCAGCUCUGAUGAAAUUGGAUAAUGAGGACCAAUUUGCUGCCGAAAAGGACGCAACAAAUGGAAAAGUGUAUUUUAGAACCAAAAAAUUUCAUGGCCAAGAGGAUAUUCCUGUUCAAGAAGCAAAUAAUAUUUUAAAGAAUACGAAGGUGGAAAAUGGAUCAAAUUCACAGCAUUAUUCUGAAGGAUACAGUGAAAAUGAAAUAACACGAAGUCAACAUGAAAUUGACGGAGACAAAGAAAUUAAAAUAGUAAAGAAAAGUGAAAUAAAAGUAUCAGACGUGGAUCUUGAGAGAGUAUUGGAAGAACAAGAUACUCAUGAUUUGUUCUGUCCUAAUUGUAAUUCGUGUAUAACUAGAAGGGUGAUUUUACGUAAAAGGAAAAGGUCAGAAAGGAGUGCUGAAGAAACUGAAUCUGAUGCCUCGGAGAAGAAAACUCAUAAAGUACCGCAUGAUGUGGACUCUAGCCUUGUUACAGCUGAAAAGACAGAUCUGGAUGAUAGGGAACCUGAUGUAUUCAGAUGUUUAUCCUGUUUCAGCUUUUUCAUUCCAACAGAGGGUGGUUUUAAUAUAUUUCGGAUUUUCGAAAAAAGAGAGGAAAACCAGAAUCUGCAAAGUUCGCAACAGGUACCUGCGAAAAACAUAAAUUGGAUUUCGUCUAUUUUUAAAUCAGGGACAAGCAAAAGAACAGAAAGUGAACUGGCAGGAAGUACCCUCCCUGAAGAAUCUCACACCAGCAGUAGCAGACAAAUGGAGGAUCCAUCUCAGAGAUACAAGCAGAGCACUGUGGCUCAACCUGUAGUCGAAGUUACAUUACAUGACCAAUUUCAGAUGAACAAUGAAGAGAAGCUUAGUGACACCAUACUAAAUAAUUAUAGAGGAGAUGAUAUCAUUCAGGUUCCUGAGAUAGGAAGCACUUUAAGUGAUGAAAGUAUUCAUGGUCCACUAGUACCUGCUGUUGUGGUUCCACCACAUGCUGAGAUUCAGAUUCCUGAGUCUGAGCAGAGUGUUAGAGAAGCUCAAGGAAAAAAUGACUGGGAUGUGCUGAAAAGCAUUGUCUAUGGGGGUUUAAUUGAAUCUGUGACAAGCCUUUCUGUUGUAUCAUCUGCAGCUGGAACUGAUGCUUCAACAUUGAAAAUUGUUGCUUUGGGAUUGGCAAACCUGGCUGGUGGAUUCUUUGUAAUUGUCCAUGAUCUUUUUGAACUAAGAAAUGCUCAAGAUGAAGCUACUGAUCAAAAGGGUGAACCAGCUGGUCGUUACUGGGAAGUUCUUGGGAGAAGAGCAAAUUUCAAGCUGCAUGCAACUAUAGCCAUAUUAUCAUACUUAUUAGUUGGGAUCAUGCCACCUCUUAUUUAUGGCUUUUCAUUCCGAGAAAGCAACAACACAGAAUACAAGCUUAUAGCUGUUGCUGCAGCAGGUCUCCUAUGCAUUUCAUUACUGGCUAUAGGGAAGGCCCAUGUUAAGCCUCAGAAGGCAUAUAUCAAAUAUCUAUUGUCAUACCUUAGUCUGGGCGUGUCAGCAUCUGGCCUUUCUUAUGUAGCUGGGUUGAUGAUCAGCAGACUCCUGGAGAAGCUUGGUUUGUUUGACAGUAAUGCAUCUGUGUCUGCACCUCCUUCCAUUAUUCAUAGAGAUAUAAGCUCAACAGUUCCGGCAUGGGCAUCCUACUGAAUGAAACCAGAAGCACGUUACCUUAUGAAGUCAUUUAUUUAUUGGCGAAUCCAUUAUAAUAAGCUGGAACGUGAGAUAGUCAUGUUCAUCGCAUAAAGAUUGUGGAGCAUGAUGACCGCUAUUUCUAAUGACAAUCAAGCAUGAUGAGAGAUCCCAACAUAUGAUGGACCUAUCAGUUUUGUCUUGAGGAACUGGACAAUGAAUCUUCUAGGUUAUGCUUGUGCCCUAGUUGUUCAUGCAAGAGCAAUUUUGUAUUGUUAAGAGAGUUUAAAUGGCAUUUCAAUUCUGUAUUGUUGGCUUGUUGAUCCCACUUCAUGUUGAUCCGCACAGGUUCAAGUUGUUGCAGCUCUAAAUCCAAUUAUUUCUAAUAGCAGCCUGAAUUGAGAUAUUGUUACU